AAGGCUUACAAAAAAAUAGCAUUCUAAAAUUAACUUUGCGGCACUUUUGAUUAAUUGCAAGUUACUUAAUCUAUCAAUUAAAUUACAAGAAGUAGUGAUUUGUUUCAUCACAAUUUAUAUACUUAAUCAAUAAAUAAAUCAAUAUGGUGAUACGUGAUGAAUUUUACAAGUGUGAAACUGAUGUGACAGUAAAAGGAAAAGUCGCUAUUGUCACUGGCGCUACGUCUGGAACUGGACUGGAAGUGGCGAAAAAUCUGGUCAAACGGGGAGCCAAGGUUAUCAUCACUGAACGAGACUCUAAAAGACUGCAGGAGGCCGGAAAGACUAUUAGAGAGACUACUAGAAAUGGAGAGGUUGUUAUGAGGAUUAUGGACUUUGGAAGAUUGGCAACAGUAAGAGACUUCGCUAGAAAAACAGUUGCUACAGAGCCCAGAGUAGACAUACUCAUUAAUAACAUCGGGGCUAUAGGACUGCCUGACACCUUGACACAAGAUAACCUUCACAUGAUGAUGCAAGUCAACUACUAUGGCACUUUCCUCCAGACAUAUCUUCUAUUACCUUUACUAAAAUCAUCGGCACCCAGCAGGAUAAUCAACAUAUCUUCUUUAGCCCUGAUUUUAGGUAUUAUAGACCUAAAACAUAUGAAUGACAUUGGAAGAUAUUCCAAUUUCGGGUAUUACUGCAAUGCAAAACUAGCCGAAGUACUAUUCACUGUGGAAUUGGAUAAACAAAUGAAAGGGACUGGUGUUAGUGCAUACAGCAUGGAUCCUGGAUUGGGCAAAUCGAAUUUUUUCAGAAAUUUAGACAAUGAGACGGUGAAAGCUGUUUUAAAUAAAGGGUUACAAAUAUUUGGUUUGCCUUUAGAAAGAGUGGCUACUUUGCCCGUGUAUUUAGCCGUGGAUCCAAGAGUGGCGAAUUUCAGUGGGAAACUCUUUAGGUAUUGCGAAACUUUUUACAGCAGUUGGUUCGCUGACGAUGAAAACCUGACUCGGAAUCUUUGGGAUGAAUCAAAAAGACUGUUGAAUUUAACAGGUACUGUAGAUUUUAAUACUUAGAUUUUUUGUAAUCGAAUUUUUAUUCGAGAUUUAAAACUAUUAUAUAUUUAAAUACGUAUUCUAUUCUAUUACAAGACAAGAAAUUAAUCAAAGCGAUUUGCCUAUUUUUUAUGUAUAAAGAUGAAAGAAUCGAAUUAAAAUACAUUUAGUAUACAAAUUUAAUAAAGGGGUAUGAGUUUUAUUUUUGAAAUUAACUCAAAAAUUCAGAUUUCGUUGUAACAUAUGGUAUUAUUGGCAGACAGAUAUACUAAAUCUUCAGAAGGCUAUAUAGACUCAAUUAGUUGUGGAUGAAAUCGCGGGCUGUCGUUAGAUAUAAUUAUACUAGCUACGCCCCGAGGUUUCGCUGUCAUAUCCUAAAAAGAAGAUAAGUAGAAAAUAAACUUCCUAAAAAAAAGACUGUGGCCGUAGAGUAUUAUCUAUUUAUUAGGGACAGUGGUUAUUUAUACAAGCCUUCGGUAAAAAGUAUUAAUUAACCUCGAGCUAACUGGAAUGAAGAAACUUUUGUAAACCAUUCAUCCACGUAAAGUUUACCUUGACCAUUAAAACAACUUUGUUACAUAUGAGGAAUGUCGCAUACUUUCGCAUGAUAAUGUAAAUUAUAUAUUUAACUGAACAGACCGACAAGAAUAUCGUGCUCGGUGAUCAAAAUGGAAAACUUUCAAUAUCAUUUGAAAUUUAUCAGGCAACUGUAACUCUUACCAAUUAUUUGUCAGAUUUUAUGUGUGUUCUUAAAAUUAUACUGGCAUGCAUUUUUUGACGACAUGAUGCACUUUUUGAUUAAAUAAAGGCUUUAAUAACGUAGGCUCUGAUCAUGUUGGAGGUGUAAGUUAUAAACAAUAAAAAUAUGAGUAAAAAUUUUGAAUAUGAUACAAAGUCGAGAAGAAAAAUAAGUAAAGCGAACUCCGAUUCUUUACGACUGAGAAAAUAACCGGAAAAAUGAUCACAUUGAAGAGAGAAAGCGUCCACAUAUUCUAUAUUGCAUGUAUUUUUUUUUUUGUUGUAGUUUAGUUUAUCUCAAAAGUUUUGCAUAUAACUUAUAUGUACCUAUAGAAAAAACGCACCAAGGGACAAGAAAACCGCUUAUGUUUACCACUUAAAGCCUAUAAGUUACUGUGUCAAAAGGAUUUUGUGGUCUCUGUGAAAGUACACUUUCCGAAGACUUUCUUUAAAUUUCUAUUUUCUCCACAUAAUAUUACUAUGCAAUGUAUAAUUUGCUUAAGUUCACAUUUCUUCAAAAAAGUUACUCUUGAUUUUACAUCUACAAAGUAGUUCUUGAUGUUAAGUCAUUGUUAGGCUAAUUGUUCUUCCUCAUAAUGAAUUUUGUUUUAUUUAUUUUACUAGUUUUUGCCCGCGGCUUCGCCCACGUGAAUUUCAUAGCAAAAUCUCAGUUAUUUUUUUAUCGCGUACCUACUCUGUAAGACUGGUAAACAUAUAUGAUUCAAAUUCGCAUUUUUUCUCAUCUUUAGUUCAAUUUUCUGUUUCCCGAGUGUCUGCGUGUCUCGUCCCGCAAACUUGUCCAAUCCCGCUUCCUGCUAUGUAAUGUAAAGUAGAUAUCCCGUUCCCUGUCCUACAUGUUGUGCCAUCAUGUUUUUGGCAAUGUGUCCCGUCCUGUUUCGCACUACGUGUCUCCUUCCCAUUUCCCGCUCCUACUCUCACUCCCGCUUUCUGCAACGCGUGCCGUCCCAUUUUCAUGCCGUUUGACAUCCCGGUUUUUUAUUAACCACAAACGUAAAUUAAACAUUUUUUGUAUUUACUAUUACUGUUAUUUACUACAAAAAGUAAGUGUGCCAAUUUUCAGCUUUUUAUCUUGAAAAUUGUAUUAAGUCCCAUACAAUCUUUCACCCCCCUUAUGAAGGGGUUGAGAGUCAAUUUACAGAAAAAUCUGAAACACGUAUUCAUUACUUUGUUGUAAACAAAUUUUCAAGUCACUAACUUCAACGGUGUAGAACUUUCAUAUUUACACCAGUUUUUCACCCCUUUCAGCCCCUUCGGAGUAGAAUUUGCAAAAAUCCUCUCUUGGUGCUCACCUACACUCACCUACAUGCCAAAUUUCAGCUUCCCGCCCAGCAGUUUUAAGGGUGUAUGUUGUCUGUCAGUCAGUCAGUAAGUCACGGAGUUUUAUACUGAUAUAUUGAUAUAUACUGCGCCCAUUAUAUCUAUAUCAGACUUUAAACGAUAAAAACAAUUUGUUUAUAUUCUGUUUACACCUUUCUACAAAAUUUUAAAGUAUAUCGGCUCCGUGGAUUGUUAUUUUAAUUUUCCUACAGGACCCUCCUCAUUUUCCGGGAUGAAAUGUCUAUAAGAUGUUAACCCGGGUUUCUGAAGUAUUUUUGAUUCAUAAUUAGUUUUUCAAUUAUCCUACGGGAACCUGACCAUUUACCGGGAUGAAAUGUAUCUAAGAUGUUAACACGGUAUAUAAGGUACCUACAUACCAAAUUUCAAGCAAAUCGGUCCAUUACAUUUCGAGUGAUGCGCGGUCAGACAGACAGACAGACAGACAAAAAUUUCCAAAACUAUAUUUUCGUCAUCUAUAUCAGUAACUAAGUAUAUUCCAUGAAGAAUUUAAAAAAAAUAUCCAAUGUACAAAUUUGGCCUUUCUUCAAUUUUAUUACCUAUAUGUGUUGAUGACGAUUAUGUUGUAGGUACUUAAAAAAACAUAUCUAAAAAAAUUAUAUAACAGAUUUAUUUAUUUAUUUUAUUUUAUUUUAUUUUAUUCGGAGAACAUACAGUCUUAAAUAACAAUGCAAUU